AUGUUACGAUUUUACUUCAACCGCAAGAGAAGGGCACUUUUGCUGGGUUUAUUGCUAACCGCUUCGAUUUUAUUGCUUUACCUUCUUUCUUACCACCAUAUUAAGAACACUUCCUAUAACCUUGAUAACUCCACGGUAUAUGAUAUCGUAUUGGAUGCGGGAAGCACUGGUUCACGCAUUCAUGUAUUCGUGUUUAAAAAGUCUGGCAACGACCUAGAGCUGCGUUCAGAGCACUUUAAGCGCGUGGAGCCUGGUCUUUCAAGCUUCGCUUCGGAUGCUUCAGCAGCCGUAGACUCUUUAAAGCCGCUCUUGGAGGUCGCCAUUUCGUCCGUGCCACCAAGUCAUUACAGGUCAACAGCAGUUACUCUGAAGGCUACGGCUGGAUUGAGGUUGCUCCCCAAAGACCAGCAAAUAGGUAUUCUUAAUGCUGUCGAUGCCUACCUUAACUCAACACCAUUUUCCAACCGAGGGGUCUCUGUUAUCACGGGGGAUGAGGAGGCGGUGUACGGUUGGAUGACACUCAACUACCUUUUGGGACGCUUUGAUUCGAAUGACAAGCCGCCUGUUGUUGCAAUUGACAUGGGUGGUGCCUCGACUCAAAUCAUAUUUAAGACCCCAACCGAGUCUGCAGAGUGGCUUCCUUUUCGCUAUGCCUUGCAUCUGAAGAUUAAGGAAUCCGGUUUCACUCUUUACCACCACAGCUACUUGGGAUUUGGACUCAAUGAAGCUCGCAAAAGGAUCAUGAGUCAUUAUAAUGACGAGCAAAUGCUGGUUUGCUUAUCUGAUGGAGCCUCGAAAGCCAGCGGUACCAAAAACGAGACAAAAGGUUUUCUCACAACGCUGAAUUUUGAUUCAUGUACAGAGCUAGUCAGGAAGGCAGUGUUUUCGGAUGAUAUAUGUAAACACGCUUCUUGUGGCAUUAAAGGCGUUCCGCAGCCCCCGAUCCGUGGUGGGGAACAUGAAAUUCACGCCUUUUCAUACUUUUAUGAUCUGCUACGAAGAAUCAUGCCGGUAAAUGCUCCCCUCUCAGUGGCUUCUAUAAGGGAAGCUAGUCAAAAGGUGUGCAACAACCCCAAUCACCCUGCAAGCAAAGGCUCAAUGUGUUUAGAUUUGGCGUACUUGUACAGUUACCUGAGUUAUGGUUUAAAACUCAGCGACACUACCCUUGUUCAUGUGGCUGACGAAAUCAAAGGGCAAUCCUUGUCAUGGUCUCUCGGUGAUUCUCUUGCUUAUCUAUGGAAGACUGAGAUGACUCAGUAUUAG